AUGAGGUCGAUAGACGUCUGCGGUGCGGGUCACGCAAGAGACGAGGGAACCGUUAGCAGGCAAAUCCUGAUGCAACUGGUGAAAUGGACAGAGGGAGAGGAAAAGAAAAGGAAGGAAAAGGGAAAAGGCAAGCGGCGAGGGGUGACGGGUGAUGAACACGAACGGCGCCGAAUGGGUUGGGCCAGGAGGGUGUGUACGGACGGUGAUUGGAGGAGAUGUGAAUGA